ACUGCGUGUUGCCCGGGCCCCAGUAGUCGCUAGGCUGCGGACUGGGGCUCCCGGCCAAGCUGGGCGCUGAUGGAGCCUGUGGUGGCGGCAACAGCACGCAUGCAUGGCGGCGGAGUCCGGACGCUCGUGGGCCCAGGCUCGCAGCACAUACGGCGCGAGCACGGCAAUGCGGCGCGGCGUGGACCGCCGGCGGGACCUGGGGCCUCAGCCCAAUGGGCCGGUCCCUGAAGAAGCCCGCGCCCCGGGCCGCCUGGCUCGCCUGCGAGGCCAGCUCCGGCCUGAGGCAGAGGCGCGGACCGAUGCUCCCCGCCUGCUGCGGCUGGUGGAGCGUGCGGGAGCAGCGGCUGGGGCAGGGGCCAGAGAGGCGGGGGCCGGGGAGCAGGAGGGCACGGGCAGCCGAGGCUCUGUGUGCUCGGUGUGCGGGGAGCCACGCAUCGGGGCCACCUACCCAGCCGGUGUCCUGGAGGUGAGCGAGCGGCGGCUGCAGGAGGGCCUGGCGGCCGUGCGCGCAGAGCUGGGUGCUGGGCUGGAAGCGCUGCGCAGGGAGCUGCGGGCAGAGCUGGAAGCCCUGCGCGCACUGCUGCCCGCCCCGCCCCAGCCGCCGCCUGCUCGCCGUGAGCCUCGCGCCGCGCCCCGAGGCCCCAGCCUGCUGCGGGCGCUCGGCACGGUGAACGCCCUGGCCGCGGCCACCAGGCCCACUGACGACCCCUCGGACGGCCCCGCCAAUGGCGGCGCGAACCGGGCCCCUGCCCGGAAGAACCUCAAGAAGACGCCGGUGCCCCCAGGGGCCUCACAGGGUGGCGGAGAUUGAGGGCGGCCGCCCGGAGGAUGGGCCAAGCUGGAGGCGCCACUGGCCAGAGGGGCGAAUGGACAGAUCUGCCCCCUCGUGGAACUAGCUCGGAGAGGAAGCGUCCUCCAACACUGCCUGCUGGCACUCCGGCUUCGGGUGUGGCGGUCGGAUGGCGUCAGGGGAGUGCGGAUGGCUCAGCGCAGCGGUCACUUCCGGAGAUGGAAUCCCGCCUGGAAGGGGCGUGGAGCCCCUUUUGGCCUUAGAGCUGGGGGAAGAUCUGGUCUCAGCGUAUGCCAGCUUCUGGGGAGAGCCGAGGGCUUGUAGCAGCCACAGUCCACAGGCCACCAGCUGGACAGCAGCCUGACCGGCCAGCUUCACUCUGCUGUCCGCCAGACCCAGCCUCCCGGAGGACAGCGUGGCGGGGCACAGCCACAUCUGGUCGACAGCUCCACUUGCACGCACUCUUGGCUUUGCUUUGGACACUGACCCCUCCACUUAGUUCUGCCACAGGCAGUUACCUGGACACCAGUGUCUCUUCAUAAAGUGUCGUGUGCACUAGGACUCCACAGCCUGACCUCCCAGAGCGCCACCGGGUGCAGUUUCACCAGCUGUCUCUGUCACCAGGACCCACCCCCCAGGGCAGCCUGCAGUGGGUUCUGGGGCCAGCGCUUCUGCGUUCCUGGUCCGCAGGAAACUGCCUGGGGUCUUCGUUUCACCGCUCACAGUGACGCAGGGUGGGCACCAGCUCGUCUUUGAAAUAAAAUGUGUAAUCUUAGGCUUUA